AUGAUUAAUGCUAUUUUUAUUUUUAAUAAUCAUGGAAAACCAAGAUUAACGAAGUUUUAUACACAAAUAAGUGUUUUUCAACAAAAAAAGGUUGUUGAUGAUAUUUAUAAGCUUGUAUCUUCUCGGCCACCUACAGUAUGUAAUUUUCUUGAAGGAAGUUCCCUUAUUGGAGGCAAAAACCUUAAAAUAGUAUAUAGGAAUUAUGCAACACUUUAUUUUGUCUUCAUUAUUGACGAGACAGAAAGUGAAUUGGUGAUUUUGGAUCUUAUUCAGGUAUUUGUUGAGGUAUUAGAUAAAUGUUAUGAAAACGUGUGUGAACUUGAUUUGAUUUUUAAUUUUGAAAAUAUUCAUGUUAUUUUAUCUGAAAUAGUAUGUGGAGGAAUGAUUUUAGAAACUAAUAUUGAAAAUAUUGUUUCAUCUAUAAAUUAUUUUAAUAAAAAUAAAUUAUAG